GAGACGCUCUAGUCGCGUGGUUGCGCCUUUAUGGUGCUUCCGCGCUGCAAGUGGCGCAUGCGCCCUGAGCCGGGGGCGGGCAGCGCAGGCUGGAGAUGGAGCCGAGCUUCGCGCACAUGGGGCUGGACGGGCGGCUGCUGCAGGCCAUCGCUGAGCUGGGCUGGGCCAAGCCCACACUGGUCCAGGAGAAGGCCAUUCCGCUGGCCCUGGAGGGCAAGGACCUGCUGGCCCGGGCUAGGACUGGCUCUGGGAAGACGGCCGCCUAUGCCAUCCCCCUCAUCCAGCACUUGCUCCAAGUGAAGAUGUCCCCCUUGGUGAUGGAGCAGGCUGUGCGUGGGCUGGUCCUGGUGCCCACCAAGGAGCUGGGCCAGCAGGUGCUGCAGAUGAUCCGGCAGCUGACGGCGUACUGCUCCCGCGAUGUCCGUGUCGCCGAUGUCUCCGGGCAGGUGGACAUGUCUGCACAGAGGCCCAUCCUGAUGGAGAAGCCGGAUGUGGUGGUGGGGACGCCGUCACGGGUCCUGGCUCACCUGCAGGGCCACAGCCUUAGCCUGCGCCACUCCCUGGAGGUGCUGGUCCUGGACGAGGCCGACCUACUCUUCUCCUUUGGCUUCGAGGAGGAUCUGAAGAACCUGCUGUGCCACUUCCCCAAGAUCUACCAGAGUUUCCUGAUGUCGGCCACCUUCAGCGAGGAGGUGCAGGCGCUGAAGGAGCUGGUGCUGCACAACCCGGUGACCCUGAAGCUGCGGGAGUCCCAGCUGCCGGAGGCAGCCCAGCUGUGCCAGUACCAGAUCCGCUGCGCGGGCGAGGAGGACAAGUUCCUGCUGCUUUACGCGCUGCUCAAGCUGGGGCUGGUGCCGGGCAAGGCCAUCCUCUUCGUCAACACCGUGGAGCGCGGCUACCGCCUCAAGCUCUUCCUGGAGCAGUUCAGCAUCCCAGCCUGUGUGCUCAACUCCGAGCUGCCCGUGCAGUCCCGGUGCCACAUCAUCAGCCAGUUCAACCGAGGCUUCUACGACUACAUUGUCGCCACCGACGAGCAGGCGCUGGCAGAGCCUGCGGUGCGGACCAAGAGGAGGAAGGGCGCCAAGACAGAGAAGGGCAAAGACCCAGAGUACGGCGUGGCGCGGGGCAUCGACUUCCAGAAUGUCGCCACCAUCAUCAACUUCGACCCGCCCCCCUCGGUCGAGUCCUACAUCCACCGGGCCGGCAGGACGGCCCGUGCUGACAACCCUGGCACAGCCCUGACUUUCGUGACACACCCAGAGUGCCCCCUGCUGGCCGAGAUUGAGGAAGCUCUCGCAGGAGAGAGCACCGAGCCUGUGCUGCGCCCCUACCAGUUCCGGAUGGAGGAAGUCGAGGGGCUCCGCUACAGAUGCCGGGAUGCCAUGCGCUCCGUCACCAAGCAGGCCAUCAAGGAGGCGCGGCUGCGAGAGAUCAAGGAGGAGCUACUCAACUCGGAGAAGCUGAAGACGUACUUCGAGGACAAUCCCCACGACCUACGGCUGCUGCGCCACGACCGGCCCCUGCACCCGGCCAUCGUCAAACCGCACCUGCGCAACGUGCCUGAGUACCUGGUGCCCCCCACCCUGCGCGCCAUUGCCCAGCCCCUGCUCAACAAGCGCAAGCGACGGAAACACUUGGCCCCCAGCAGCAGCCGCCCCAGGGGGGGCUUCCAGGCCCGGGGGGGGCGCAAUCCUCUGCGGAGCUUCCAGUACAUGGGGAGGAGACCCCGGCGCCCCGCUGGCAAGGGGAAGACGUCCUGAGCCGUGGGCCCCCGUCAGCGACAGCACCUGGCUGGACUCAGAAUGGACAAUGUCCCGUGUGGCUGGGGCCGAUUCCCCCGCUGGGCCAAGAGGAGACAAACGCUGCCCCCUGCACCCCACUGCCCCUGCCUGGCUCUGCUCUCUGAGCAGGGGUCUUAUGGGGCAUCUGUGGCUGGGUGUGGGAAUCUCCUGCCACGCCCCAGUGCCAGGCCUCGGGAGCCUGAGUGUGGCUGUGGGGAGGGGGGGCUGGGGCCAAAGGGUUGUAGACGGCAGCUGACCCCAAUAAAGCUCAGUGCUGGCUCCACACGGCUGGGUCUCUCUCCUGGGGCUCGGCUGCCCCCUGCUCCCAUGGAGGCACCGGCCAGGGCACAGCUGGGGGUUGCUCUGAGCAGCCUGGAGGAGGGGGAACUGCUCUGUCCUCUCACCCCCGGCCUGCUCUGGCUAGGACGCUGGGCUGGAGGGGUGGGGGCUGGAUGUGAAUGUUGGGGGGGUGUCUAGCCAGGCCUGGUGCAGUGCCAGCCCCUCUGCCUAGCUGUCAGUGCCAGUGCUCAUCCCACGGGCUGCCAUAGGGGGUGGAACUGUGUCUGGCUCCCGGUUACGGUGCGAGGCUCUCCAGCCGGCUCGCUUGGACUCUCACCGGGGGGACAUGCCUGGAGCCUGGCUCAGUUCAAACCCCAGGCACAUGCUGGCCCCUCCAGGGGACACUGCUGUGGCAGUGUCCAGCAGCACAUGUCAUUGGAGGCUUUGGCAAACCCACUUUGCACGGUGGCCUCGGGUUUCAUGCCCUGGUGUCGGGGGGAUGGCAAAGGAGCCAACACUCGGCCCCUGGGCUCGGGGCUCUCAGGUCCUCGGCUGCUUGUGGCAACCUCCAGCAGGAGGCAGCCGUGAGCCAUAGGGAGGAUUCCACGUUUAGUUACAGCCAAGGAUUGUGUUUGUGUGGCCCCAGAGAUUGCGCCCCCCCCCCCACACACACCUUUUAAAGCAAGUUCGCUUCUCCUUUCAAAGUCAGAAACGCAUCAGGUGCUUGUAUCUCCCCUGGGCCGGUCAGUGCCAUCACCCCCAAUACAGCCAUCAGUUCGUGAGAAAAGUGGCCCCUCUGCUCAGUGCCCAGGGUGUGGGCUGUCUGAUUACAUUGUCCUUCCCCUUCCCUGCUUGCCAUGGAACAAGAGCUGGGAUUGAAGGAAUGAGCCAGACUCUCCUCCCCUGUGUGGCAGGCCAGCGGACGUGGGGAAGCUAGAGCUGAGCUGGAUUUCUUGGGGCAAUCAGGGCAUUGAACCUUUCAGUUCUCUGGCUCGUGCAGGGGGCUGUUCCUACCACGUUGAAAGGGCGUGGGGGGUGU